AUGUCGAUUGGAGUACCGGUUAAAAUCUUACAUGAAGCUGAAGGUCAUGUUGUUACAAUAGAAUCUGUAACAUCUGAAGUCUAUCGUGGUAAAUUAAUAGAAGCUGAAGAUAAUAUGAAUUGUCAAUUAUCGAAUGUAACUGUAACAUAUCGCGAUGGACGACAAGCACAACUUGAAUAUAUUUAUGUACGUGGAUCAAAAAUUCGUUUUAUGAUCUUUCCUGAUAUGCUCAAGAAUGCACCAAUGUUUAAAAAUAUGCGUGGUGUAAAAGGUGGUACUGGACGUGGUAAAUCAGCUAUUUUACGUGCUCAAAUUGCCAGAGGACGUGGUGUACGUGGUCGACCACCAAUUAAUUCAUUUGUUGGACAACCAGGUGGUCGUGGAACAGCAGCACCUGGUAGUGAUCGUGGUGGUGGACGUGGUCGUUAA